UAAAUAGCCUAUUGCACCAGUCUCCAAUUUUGACCUUUUGUUAUGUAAAUGUGGCCAGCCUGGGAAGGGCCUUGCCCAGGCCUCCUGCCACCACACCCACCAAGAAUUAUGUGACUGCCCCCAGCUCCUUAGUCCUAGGUGGCCCUCGGACUACCCUAACUCUCCUGGGUGGAAGAAGGUGCAGCGCCUUAGACCAGCUACCUUCUCUGCCUCUGGGCCUGAUGGUGGGGGACUGUGGCCACUCUUCUGCUCAGCUGGCUGCCCUUGGCAUCCCAGCCAGAGAGACCCUAGACCUUCCUGGGAGCAAGGGCUCCAGGGCUACUGAGCACCUUCUUCACUGUCCGUCGCUUUCUAGAUGAUGGCUGUCUGGGUGACCAUGUCCAUCUUCUCCUCAGGUGACCAGGCAUUGAUGCACCCCCAACGGAGGCCACGCGCUCAAGGAGGCCACCCCCGCUGGCUGCUGCUCACAUGGUUUCUGGGCCCCUGGCACUCCGGUGGUACGCGUGGGCAGGGCGCGGGGACAUGGGGCCCGACAUGGAGCUGCCCAGCCACUCAAAACAGCUCCUACUGCAGCUGAACCAGCAGAGGACAAAGGGCUUCUUGUGUGACGUCAUCAUCAUGGUGGAGAACUCCAUCUUCCGGGCCCACAAGAACGUCCUGGCUGCCAGCAGCAUCUACUUCAAGUCCCUGGUCCUGCAUGACAACCUCAUCAACCUGGACACGGACAUGGUCAGCUCCACAGUGUUCCAGCAGAUCCUGGACUUCAUCUAUACAGGCAAGCUGCUGCCCAGCGACCAGCCGGCCGAACCCAACUUCAGCACUCUCCUCACUGCCGCCAGCUACCUCCAGCUGCCUGAGUUGGCAGCCCUCUGCCGCCGCAAACUCAAGCGCGCCGGCAAGCCGUUCGGCUCUGGACGGGUGGGGGCCGCCGGCAUGGGACGGCCCCCCCGCAGCCAACGGCUGUCCACAGCCUCCGUCAUCCAGGCUCGGUAUCCAGGGCUCAUGGAUGGGCGCAAAGGGGCCCACACCCCCCAAGAGCUCCCCCAGGCCAAAGGCUCAGAUGACGAGCUCUUCCUCGGUGGCUCCAACCAGGAGAGUGUGCACGGCCUGGUCCGGGCUGUCUGUCCAGCCAGUGGGGAGGCCGGCCUGGGCAGCUGUAGCACCAACGGGAGCAGUGGGGGCUGCGAGCAGGAGCUGGGCCUGGACCUGUCCAAGAAGAGUCCCCCCUUGCCUCCCGCCACCCCUGGUCCCCCCCUCACCCCUGAUGACCCAGCCCAGCUGAGCGACAGUCAGCAUGGCUCUCCCCUCUCAGCCUCUGCCCCUCCCAUUGCCAACAGUGCCUCUUACGCUGAGCUGGGGGGCACCCCCAGUGAGCCCAUGGAUCUGGAGGGGGCUGAGGACAACCACCUGAGCCUGCUGGAGGGGCCCGGCGGGCAGCCCCGGAAGAGCCUCCGGCACUCUGCCCGCAAGAAGGAGUGGAGCAAGAAGGAACCCAUGGCCGGUUCCCCCUUUGAGCGGAGAGAAGCAGGGCCCAAGGGCCCCUGCCCAGGGGAAGAGAGCGAGGGGCUCGGGGACAGGGUUCCCAACGGCAUCCUGGCCAACAGUGUGGCGGGGGGCGGCCCCAGUGGGCCCUAUGGGGAUCCCCCGUUCCCCUGCAAGGAGGAAGAGGAGAAUGGCAAGGACGGGAGUGAGGACAGCGGGCAGAGUGGGAGCGAGGGGGGUAGCGGCCAUACCAGCGCCCACUACAUGUACCGGCAGGAGGGCUACGAGACAGUGUCCUACGGGGACAACCUGUACGUGUGCAUUCCCUGCGCCAAAGGCUUCCCCAGCUCUGAGCAGCUCAACGCCCACGUGGAGACACACACGGAGGAGGAGCUGUUCAUCAAGGAGGAAGGUGCCUACGAAACGGGCAGUGGGGGCGCCGAGGAGGAGGCCGAGGACCUGUCAGCACCCAGCACAGCCUAUGCAGCUGAGCCCCGGCCCUUCAAGUGCUCAGUCUGUGAGAAGACCUACAAGGACCCAGCCACCCUGCGGCAGCAUGAGAAGACGCACUGGCUGACUCGGCCCUUCCCCUGCAACAUCUGCGGCAAGAUGUUCACACAGCGCGGCACCAUGACACGCCACAUGCGCAGCCACCUGGGCCUGAAGCCCUUUGCUUGUGACGAGUGUGGCAUGCGCUUCACCCGCCAGUACCGCCUGACCGAGCACAUGCGUGUACACUCAGGUGAGAAGCCCUACGAGUGCCAGCUCUGCGGGGGCAAGUUCACCCAGCAGCGCAACCUCAUCAGCCACCUGCGCAUGCACACCUCCCCCUCCUAGAAGCCAAAGACCUUCUCCGGCCCUUGGGUGCCCUCUGCAGACUCGCCCUCGGGAACAACGGAAGGAAGAAGCAAGGAGGCCGAGUGGGCGGACCCGGACCCCAGGUCCAGCGGGGGUGGCUCUUGGCAGCACCUCUGGCCAGCCCCCCCACCCAGAGCUUUAAUCCACAGUCUGUACCAAGGGAAGAGAGCGGAAGGAGGCCAGGUCCCAAGCCCCGCAGGUGUAUUGUGGAUGUGCAGUCUACCUCCGGAUCCUGACCAAGGCCGCCUCAGGGCCUGUGGGAGUGGGUCACGGGGUUCUCAGGGACCUGGCCUUUUUCCCCUGCAGGUCAGGUUGGAGCAGGGGGUAGUGGGGACCUCUCCCCAUGCUGGGAGGAUCAGGGCUGCCCGUGGCCAGGGCCAGUGUCCCUGCGCGCACUAGUGCGAGUCCGUGUGCGGGCCACCUUGGCUCUAUGGGGAGCAGUGCUGGAUGGGAGGGGAUGGAGCCCUCUCUUCUCGAGCCAGGGGGGCCCCCACCACCUACCUCUCCACAACUAAAGAGCCCUCCGGGCCUGUGUUGCUGUUAUUCCUACUGAUCUGUUCCUUUUUUCUUUAUGAAUUUUGUUUUUUAAACCAAAACCAACAAGAGUUUAUUUUCCUCCCGGCCCCUCGGGGGCUGAGCCUGGGUCUGCAGACUGAAUGUAUGGGGCAGCUGCCCCUCCCGCCCCCGCCCCGGCUGCAGGCCGCAGGGCGCCCACCCUCCAGGCCCCAGAAGCCCUUCUUGGCCAAAGGCUUCCCUGGGCCCCGAGCCCCGCCUCGGCUGCCUCAGGAGAGAGAGUGCUUUUCCUAUAGUUUCCGAGGAAUCUUUGUUUAGAGGUACUUGUUUUUUAUUAAGAGAAAAACCAGUGUAACGUUUAUGUGAAUGUUUGAACUGGAAGGUCUGGGGUUCGUGGGGGGAGGGGGGAGGCUGGACUGGGCGCCAGGGCCGUUGGUACUCUCAUUUUCCUUUUCUUUGUGUGUGUGGUGUGCGCGGUGUGUGUGGACAGACGUUGCGCUUUCCUUCUUCCUUACCUGUCAAGGUGGAGAGACUUCUGACCUUUUGCUACCUCUUGAAUUCAUGAGAACAGUAAGUUGGUGACUGGCAGUUGAGGCUGUGACACUUUUGUUUUCCUCCCAUUAGUGCGCACAAGAAGACGUGCAUUUGAGUGAGCCAGGCUCGCAGUGGCUGGGAAGCCCUCCUGGGCUUGACUGAGUCCCAGCUGGGCGCCCCCAAAUACACGCUCUCAGUGGGCUCCUGCAGCUUCGGAGUCUCCAGGUUCCUGUGUGGGUUUUCUCCUGAGCACAGGGCUAGCCGAGGCUACCCUGAGAGGUUUGAGUGUGCAGCUGAGUGCCAGGGAACCCCCACAGCUCCAUCCUGGGGCGCAGGUGAGGGUGUGAGUGCUCCAGCUCCGUGGGAGCUUCUCGCCAGGGCCAGGAUGAGGCGGAAGUGAGCCCCCCCCAUCCUGUCCCCUAGGCAUGCAAGAGCUUGAGUGGCAGCCCCAUUUAGUGGAGUCAUAGGGAGGGGCUGGCUGAAGCGUCUGUACCCCCUGGGGGACAGGGAGGGGACCUGCCCUCCUUGGGCCUUGGCUCUAGGCAGUUGUGGCCCACAGCCACUCUGUUAGAAGGCUUGGCUGCCUCACGUGGGCCCAGGCCUGUCUGGGGUUUAGCCCCUCGCCCCUCACCUUGGGGUUUCUCUGCCAGCCUCAGGCACCUCCGCGGGCAUAGAACCCGGCUCUGAAGGCCAGACCAAGGUUGCUGCAGUCGGCUCCACUGUCCUCAGCUGACCGGAGCCACAAGGCUGGGCCAGCGGCUUUAUCUUUUUCGUUUCAUUCUUUUACCUCUUUUUUUCUUUCUAUUUUAAGUUCAGACCAAAAAAUUCCGGAGUCAUCCCCUAUCCCCCCACCCCUCCAGAGACCCUCCAGCUGAAAACAGAGCCUGAGUUCAGGGACCCGAGUGGUGAAUGGCGUGUUUUGGGAGUGAGGGCUCCUGGCUGAGCCCUCCAUGUGGCGCCCCCAACCCUGAGCCAGCUCCUCUUCCCUUUGGGUGGGAAACGGAGGACUGGACCCAGGGUCUCUUGUUCCAGCAGGCCAGUGAGGGGGCAGGGCCUGUCCCAGGUCCCUCUGCUCCCCUGACCCCUCCCCACUCCAUCAGCACUUAAACCACACGACACAAAGUCUGUACUGCGCGGGAGGUAUGCACACACCCGGCCUGUGUGUGGCCUCCUGCGCUGUGGGCAGCCGCAAACGUGAGGUGACUUGUGAAAGUAGGUGAUUCAUUUGCAGAGCUUCAGGGACUGGGCGCAAAGGCCCCUCACUCAACGACGUUUGUGCGACGUAGUAUUGUACCCACCUGAGUAUUGUAUCGAGCCUUUUCUGUAUUUUAACAAGAAAGCAAAACACUAGUUUCCUAUUUAAGAUUUUAAGGGUUUGCGGGGAGGGUCGGGAUUGACACAACACUUGGUUUUGUUUUCUUUUUCCUUUGAUUUCAUGUGGAGUGUGUGCUUUCGAGAGUGUGCGUGGAGGUGUGUUAAGAGCCUCACAAGGAAAUUAGGCCGUUGGAGGCCAAGGGCGGCUUACAGUUCUCUGCUUUAGUCACUUAAUUCCUGAAUGUUUCGGAGAAACAGGAAACAGAAAAUAGCAGAUGUCAUGUAGGAAAGAGAGGAUAAACAACAAAAAAAAAAAAGAAAAAAAGAAAAGAAAAAAAAAAAAGCUCAUACCCAAAUUCACAAAACCUAUUUUUUAAACCAAAGCACAUUUUGAAUGAGUAUGGAACCUCAACAGGCUCAGAAAAAAGAUACUAAUAUAUUUAUCUCAUUGUUUACAUAAACUUUUACAGUUUCAGACCUCAGCAGCUGUAAGGCCAGUUCCAGUGAGUUUCUACCUUCUGCUAGAGGCCCUUCCAAGUCAGCCCUGGAACAGCUCGCGGACUGAGGAGCAGCCGGGGGCCCGGGGCAGGUGUGAGGCCCCCCGGAUUCACCUGAGCCCUCCUAGCCAUGGGCCUCUCCAAGCCCAGCUGGCACCAAAGAGCUUGGGCCAGUGCUGACCGGCCUUCUGGCCACUGGACCCUUGUCUGGGCUUGGGCCCUGGGAUGGAGGCAAAGCCCCACCCCCACCCCCACCCCCUGCUGCUCUGUCCGUGACCCUGGGAUGGGUUGAUGUGAGAGUCCCUCAAGCCAAAAAGCCAGGACCUUUGCAUCUCCAUGGUUCUGGCUGGUCCCUGACCCUCAGGGGAUUUCUCCCCACCCCCCGCUUCCCUGCCCACUGGCAGCAGGAAGGUAUCACUGGGACUGGUCCUUACUAACACAGACGGUGCAAACACUCUGAACAGUGUUGUUUUUGUAUCAAUAUGUUUGUGCAGUGAUGAAUGUAUUUAUUUCUCAGACUUGGGGCAAGCAAGUGGCAGGCCGGGCUCUGCCACAGUACGUUCCCACCAGACCGAGCCACUGCAAGGGCUCAUCCAGGAUUGCAAAAAAGGCAAAAAAGAAAAGAUGAACCUUUAAACAAAUCUCAGAGACUCACAGCAUAGCCAUACACCUCAGCCUGUGAAAUGAACAAUCUGGACCUAGACUGACUUUUCAGAACCUCAUGCAGCCAUGUGUGUGUUUCCCAUUUGUCACCACUGGGGGGCACUGGGCUGUCCUCUGCCCAACCCUGUCAGUAUUCACUGGACUUGGCUGAGUACAGGAGUGCGAUCUGGGCUGGUUGGCUGGGCGGGCAGACCCUGCCUCCCUCCCUGAAGCUGUCCUGAGUUGAGGUGAGGCCUGGGCAGCCAGGAGAGCAGGGCUCAGGGAAGAGGUGGCCGCAUCCGUCCUGUCCCCCUAGGCUUGUGGGACAAAAGCAGAACAAACAAGGGAUCUCAGCCUUGCCGUGCCCCCUCAAGGGACCAAGGCCCUAGCUCUGUUCCUUAGAGUCACGUUGGGGCAGAUGUCAUUGAACCUGUGAAUCCAAUGCCAGGAGUGAGGGGAUGGAGAGGGACUUAACCCAGAGCCUCAGUCUGACAUUCCAAAUCGGGGGGUGGGUGUGUGCUGUGGGAAUUGAGGCUGCCCAGGAUCCCCCAGCUUCAGUCACCUCACUUUAAUUUUCUACCAGGAACUCCUCCCCCUACCUCACCUUGCUAUUUAUUGCUGUAAUUUAUUGACCUCAAAAAUGCUGCAUAACAGACCUCACUUGGGGCAGAGAGGAUCCCCAGGGCUCCCCCCCCUCCACUUGGCGGGGCCCUGUGGGGCCAGGUGCUGAGGGGAACCUCUCUGUACCCCACCUAUCACUUGCUUUCCCCUUCCCCCUUGGGGGACCCCAGGUUGGGCAUUGACCCAUUCAUAAAUACCUCGAGGGGGAGGGAGAGGGAUGGGGUUAUAGCUGUUUUGUUUAAUCCCAAUUGGAAGAGGGAUCAUGUCCUAUUUUGUGUCCUUCCCAGAAAGGGGGGAGGACACCAUGAUCGCACUCCUGUACUAGCCACCACCGCUGUUAGUCAUUACAUUGAGUUCACUUCCCUUGAGAGUUUGGAUAAAUUCAGGUCAGAGCUGCAAGUAUGCGGCCCUCAAGUGUCAUAGAAAAGCAAUUCACCGACAACUGAUCUCUCCAUUCAGAAGCGUGCAGUCUUAAUGUACAGUGAUGAGAAACUGUUAUUUUAUGAUCUUUUCAUUAAAAGCUUGAUUGAAAAUUA